CUUUUUAAGGUAUUAGCAAACGGUGUGAAACUAGAAAACAUGUUGGUGACAUCUUCACUGUGUCUUAGUUUGCAUGUUUGCAUAUUUUGUUGUUUUUGUUAUCUGAAAAGUUUACAGUAACUCGAUCUGCACUGUGAGGACUGGUGGAACCAGCGUAAAGUGGAAAAGCUGAAAGGCCACAUUCACUGCAGGAUCACACUAGUUUCAGCUGGAAGAGAGAGAGAAAAUGGCUCAGGAAGGAGUUCAGCUGGACCAAGAAACCUUCUCUUGUUGCAUCUGUCUGGAACUACUGAAGGAUCCGGUGACUAUUCCGUGUGGACACAACUACUGUAUGAAGUGUAUUAAUACCCACUGGAAUGAAGAGAACCAGAAGGGAAUUCACAGCUGCCCUCAGUGCAGGAAGACUUUCAGACCGAGACCAGUCCUGGAGAAAAACACCAUGUUAGCAGCUUUAAUGGAGGUGCUGAAGAAGACUGGAGUCCAAGCUGCUCCUGCUGACCGCCACUAUGCUGGACCUGAAGAUGUGGCCUGUGAUUUCUGCACUGGAAGGAAGAGGAAGGCUGUCAAGUCCUGUUUAGUCUGUCCAGCCUCUUACUGUGAGAAUCACCUUCAGCCUCACUAUGAUGUACCUCCAUUAAAGAAACACAAGCUGGUGGAGCCCUCCAAGAGCCUCAAAGAGAACAUGUGCUGUCGUCAUGAUGAGGUGAUGAAGAUGUUCUGUCGUACUGAUCAACAGUGUAUCUGUUAUCUCUGCUCAGUGGAGGAACAUAAAGGCCAUGACACAGUCUCAGCUGCAGCAGAAAGGACUGAAAGGCAGAAAGAGCUGGAGGUGAGUCGCCUGAAAAUUCAGCAGAGCAUCCAGGGCAGACCUAAAAAUGUGAAGCUGCUUCAGCAGGACCUGAAGGACCUCAGUGUCUCUGCUGAAAUAACUUUGGAGAAGAGUUGGAGGAUACUAGAGACGCUGGCUCGUCUCAUCCACAACAGUGACAGUGUGCUGCAUGGGCAGAUCAGAUCCCAGCAGGACACUGAAGAGAUUCAAGUCCUAGAGCUUCGGACGAAGCUGGAGCAGGAGAUCAGUGAUCUGAAGAGGAAAGACGCUGAGCUAAAGCAGCUCUUAGAUACACCAGAUCACACCAAGUUUCUCCACAACUACCCCUCAGUGUCAGCACUCAGUGAGUCCACACACUCACCCAGCAUCAACAUCUGUCCCCGGAGACACUUUGACCACGUGCCAGUUGUUCUUAUAGAGCUCAAGGAAGACUUACAGAAAAGUUUGAGGGACGCCUGGAGAAGCAUCUCAGAGAUAAUCUGUCUGCCGGAUCUUUUAGUACCAGAACCACAACCAAGGGCCAUGCAUGAAUUCCACAGAUAUUUACGUGACAUUACUCUGGAUCCAAACACAGCAUUCAGAUCAUCGGUUUUAUCUUGCGGAGACAGAAAAAUAUCACUAGUGAAUCAAGAUCAGGGUUAUCCUGAUCAUCCAGACAGAUUCACUGAAGAGUGUCAGGCUCUGAGCAGAGAGAGUCUGACUGGACGUUGCUACUGGGAGGUGGUGUGGACAGGACAAUGUUUAAUGGCAGUCGCAUACAAAAGUAUCAGCAGAACAGGACAUGACAGUGGAUUUUGGUACAGUGACAAAUCCUGGGCAUUAGAAUGUUUUGCUAACCGUUUUCAGUUUUGGCACAACUGCAAACAAACCCCCGUCUCAGGUCCUCUGACUGGCAGAGUAGGAGUUUACCUGGAUCACAGAGAAGGUAUUCUGUCCUUCUACAGUGUCUCUGACACCAUGACUCUCCUCCACAGAGUCCAGACCACAUUCACUGAGCCGCUACAUGUUGGACUCUGGACGGAAAAAUCUGUUGAGUUUUUUCUGCUGACUCGUUUUUUAGGAUAGAAGACAGACUACUUCUCUCCAAUUAAGCUGUUUAUUUAGUAAAUAUCAGUGUCUCAAAAGAAUCUUCUACUAGGACAUUUUCUGUUUGGAACAGCCUUCCAGAAAGUCUGCUGUGAACAGAGCAUUUUAUUCAGUAUGGUGAAAUAUGAUUGGUUAUAGAACACAAAUAUUGAAGUGCGAUUGGCUAAAGGUGGGGAUAACUGUGGUUUAGACUCAGUUCUCCCAUUAGCUGGUGCACAGAUAUGUCCAUAUCUCUUGGUACACGAUUCAUCCAAUCAGCAGGAGCCACACCCUGUGAAAAGAACCUCCUGCACACUUUUUCCCGUUUUCUGCCAGUUUGUAUUACUCUAUUGUUAGCUCAGAUAUGAUGCAGCCAUUAGUGUUAUCUCAUAGGAAAGAUUAUUAUGGCUUCCUCCCUUAAACAACAUUGAGUUUGCAGUUCCACUCAAAUUAAUUGUUGCAUUAUGAGAAAAUAAGAACGUGCUGUGUAUCAAGGCCAAAACUUUAUCUUUGUUAGUGUGUGUGCCCUUGUAGCAGAAGCUGUAACUUUCAAGCCUGACCUGUCUGUGUCCAUCAUGUGUUUUACCCUUCAGAGCCAGGGGUUAAUGCUGUCUAUUCAGGUCAACACAACUCAUACAUUAAUUACACAGCAAAUGGUUAAUAUCAAUAUUGUAAUACUUAUAUGUGAUAGCAAUUUCAGUGUUCAGUUAGUAUGUUAAACAAAUCUAACAAGAUCUUUAAACGGAGAUGAACUCACAUCUCUCACAGAUUAGGGGGUUAAAUCAGAGAUUCGGCUCGUGAUGACUUAUUUUAAACAUGAAAACAUCAGCUUCUGUGUUUUGAAUGUCUGAUGAACAUUUGUAUGGAUCUGUUCGUAUGCUGCAGUUUUUCUUCCUCUUCAUGAACCUCAGCAGAGAACUCAGCAGACCUUCUUCCACCACAGAUAUUUUAUUUGUAAAUUUGUGAAGAAAUCUUGAAUUGCAUUUGUUUUGAAUGAUUAAAAUGAUUACGUGAUCUACAGCUGAUAUGUUUUCAACCUGUAGUUAUUCUGUUUGGUUUUUUUUGACGAAGAAAUCGUUGAUUAACUGAGGUUCUGGGUUUAACAGACGGAUUGUGUUGAGAAUUUUACUGUGAAAUCAGCAAACAGUAAUGUUUUUACGUUUAAUGCGUGAAUAAACUGUUUUUAUUUAUGAAUAAAGCUGAUUUGAACCUUG